UUGUGUGAGACAUACCCAUGCCGCCAAACUUAUUUCUUCCUUCCCGUUUCCCACUUCUUCCUCUGUCAUUUUUGUGGAUGCUUGGCCGAAGCUGCGGGUGGAGGUGCCAACAACGCUCCUGAGUAUGCCCCUACCGUUGGCAGUGGCUGCACCUUUCGGUGUUGGCUGGCCCCCCUCGAGCUCGGGCUGUAUCGCGAUUUUGCGAGAGGUAAGCGUGUUCGGUGGUUUUUGGACCACCUAACGUCCCCAUUGUUGCCCGUCUCGUUUCCUCUUGUUGGAUUAUGGUGAUUACAGCAUUGAUGGUAGGCAGGCUAUGUGACAAUAGAAUCUGAGAUCAAAGGGCUUCGUAUGUCGAAUCGAGCCCCCCCAGGUAGGUAUAUACUAAGUUUUGCUCUUCUCUUCUUCGUGCUUCCUCUUGGUCUGUGGUGGGUGGGAGGUAACUCUGUAGUUCCUCCCACCGAGUUAGGACUUUAGUGGCAUAGCUUGUGCUUGUCCGAGUUCCUUGACGAAACUGAGACAGUUCCUAUUUCAAAUGAAAAAUGUGAGUAUAGUUUCGGUCAUGCCCAUACAGGCUUUUGACCUUGUCCCAAAUCGCCUGUGAUGAGGCCAGUAGCAUGUACAGCCUGGCUAUCUGAGGCUCCAUGGUGUUGAUGAGUAGUGACAUGACCUGAUGGUCGGUUGUCUGCCACUCUUCUGCUGCUUCAAUUUCUUCCUUUGAUGGCUCAUUGGGAUUAUUAGGCUGUGGUUUGCAUCGGGUCCUUGUGAUGAACCCUAAUUUUUUUCUGCCGCUGAGGCUUAUAUAUACUGCCCUUGACCAUUCAAAAUAAUUAUGGUUGCCUUUUAAUGUGAUAUUGAUUAAUUUGGUGAUAUCAUUGUGAGACAUGGCUGUGAAGAAUUUUUUUUUUUUGAGUGAUUGUGGCUGGGUAGAUGAUGGCAGGGUCAAACCUGCUCUGAUACCAUGUGAAAAAGAAUGGUUGUUAUAUUGAACUGUGAUGAAUUACAAGUUAAGAUUUUGAGUUCUAUUUGAAUAAAAAGGAUCCUUAUAUACAUUUGAUGCUAACGAUCUUAUGGCUAUGGACUUAGAUCCUAAACUCUAUGGUAACGUUCUUAUUCUUGAUCUAGCAUUAGUAGAAGUGGCCUUUCUUCCUUAGGGAAGAAAGGUUGCUCCUAAUGUCAACUUGGAGGCCUAUAAUGAUAUAAUGAUCUGAGGCUAUAACCCUCGGUUUUUAUCUGUUGGUUAAUACAUUGUGUGUUAUAUUUUUUAUCUUCAACAUACCUUAAUUUAAUAAUAAAAGUAGCUCUUGGUACCUUAAAACUAAAAGUUAAAACUCAAGUCCAUCAAAUAUUUUUCUCUUAGCCAUUCAUAAAAUGGAAAAAAUAAAAAAGAGCAUUCGUUAUAGUUUCUAUAUGAACUAGAUUUGGUUAAAUUUGUUUCUUUUAUUCCAUUAUCAAAAAUCAAAAUUGUAUUGAUCACCAGUUAACAAAAUAACACUCAUUUCAAGAAGUCACAACAUAAUCUUCCCAGCAUGACAAAUAGUUCGCAAAUUAUAAUCAUAUAACCAUCAGGUAGUAGCUAAAGGUCAAGGGUUUUCAUGGUUUGAGAACUCUACUUUCUGAAAACAAUUAUAUCAGUUAUAUGUAAAACAAACAAAAAAAAAGAGAGAAAAUAGAUCAAAAAACACCAUUUUCUUUUGGGAGCGAAAUAUCUCGAUGUGAAUUUUCAUUUUUAUGGCAAGUAUUCGUGUAGUUCAUGAAUUCAAAGAAAAAAACGGAUCAAAAUACAAAUUAAAUAUUUAUACAGUGGCAAUUGAGGUUAUGUUAGCAAUUUCCUUUCCUAAUUGGUGGCAUAUAUGGCUGCUAAGAUUCCUUCCAAACUCAGUUAUGAGAUUCUUAAAUAAUUAAAAAUGCUAACUAGAAUCAAGGGGAACAUUACAACAUAAAGAGAAAUGAGUUAAUGUUAAACAAAUUAAUUUAGACCAGUUAAUUAAUAAACACAAUAAAAUGACCAUUUUCCAUCAGAAAUCUCAAACAGAAAGAAAAGAAAAGAAAAAGAAGUGUCACCAAAAAUAGAAAAUCCGUUAAUUACCUAAUUCAAACUUAUCCAUAAAUUCCAUCAAUCUACAAAAAUAGCAACCCAUCCUAACUGCCUCCAAACUUAAAUACUAAAUGCAAUUUCUCCUCAAAAUGUCCGCACAAAAAGAAAAACUUUAUUAGGAAAAAAAAGAAAGAAAGAAAAAUAAUUAAAGCUUCCUGCAUGCAGAGAGACCCUGAGUAGGAAAUUGCCAAUUGCAGGUUGUAAUCGUCUUGAUAAUGGCUAUCAAGCAGCAAAGCUCCUUCUCACUGGUCUUUCUUGCACCACCCAGUCUCCUUUUUCUCCUUCUCCUCGCGGCAGGUCAAGCUCAAGCCACCAUUAUAAAACAUGAUUUAUGCGAAUCUGCAGAUUACAAGCGCCUUUGUAGAUCAACUUUACAUGGUAUUAAGAAGCCAAGUGAAGCAAUAGAGGCCGGGAUCAGAAAUGUAAUCCAUAAAACCAGACAUGCAAUCUUCCUGUCAAGAGAGAUGGGUAACAGCGAGAACAACGAUAUCUGUAAAGAAAUGUAUGACGAUGUCAUUUCGGACCUUGAGGAAUCAAUUCAGAACCUGAAGAAUGGUGAUAAAAAUACUCUUAAUACCAACCUUUCUGCUGCUAUUAGUUAUUUCUCAACCUGUGAUGAUGCAUUUGCAGAAAUGGACGAAGUGAGUCCUCUUACUAGGGCUAAUACUGUUCUCGAACAUAUGGUUGAUAAUACCUUGUCGCUUGUCCCUCUAAUGCAUAAUUGAUUGAUCAGUAAUUAAUGUUUAAUUGAAUUAUACAAAUAUGUUGGAGGCUAAUUCAUAAUUUCCCGGCUUGUGUUAUUAGGAUAUAUAUAUAUUUAUAUAUACAAACAUAUAUGUUUCAUAAAAGAAAAUGAUGGUUUGUAAUACAUAGGUGAGUGACUAGAGUGGCAUUGAAUGAUAGAUUUGAUUAUCAUUUACCAUUUUAACAAGUUUCUUUUUUCUAUUUGUGAUGUUUAUUUGUACUUUGCCAUCUUACCUAUUGAGUUGAUUUAUGAUUAUGUAAGUGAUGAGUUUAUUUUCGUCUC